AUUAACCGGGAAGGAAUUUCGGGAAUCAGCCGGGAAUUAGCCGGGAAUUGACCGGGAAGGAAUUCCAGCAAUCCCACCCUCCCAAACUCCCCAAACCCCGGCAUUUCCCGCAGCAUCCUCCAAACCCCUGCCCGGCCAUGCCGCGCUGAGCAUCCCUCCUCAAAAAAACACCAAAAAAAACCCCAAAAUCCCAGGAAUUCUCCCCAAAACCCCCUUCCACCAUGCCCAGGAACCGCGCCUUCUCGGAGCCCGAAUUCUCAGCCGAAUUCUCGGCCGAUUACUCGCUGAGCUUCCCCUCGGAUCCCGACGGGAGCGCGCUCCGCCGCCGCCGCUCCCGCGAAUCCCCGCGGGCGCCGUGCCCGUGCCUGCCGCGCUCCUCCCGCCGCUUCUCCUUCUCUCCGGAAUCCCUGGAAAAGCUCUACCAGACCUAUUUCCGCCGCCAGCGCCACGAAACGCUGCUGGUCCUCGUCGUCUUCUCGGCCCUCUUCGACAUCUACAUCCUCGGGAUGUGCGCGGCGUUUUCCCGCUUGGAAAAGCUGCUCCCGGCGCUGGCGGCGCUCGGCGGUUUGGUGGCGCACGGGGCGAUUUUCCUGCUGCUGAAAUCGCGCGUUCUCCCCGAGGAUUUUUCCCAGAAAUUCCUUCCCUGCGGGCUCUGGGCGCUGACGGUGGCUCAGCUGUGGGGUUUGCUGGGCUGGGAGUUGUUCAGGAGUUUGGCCGAGCCGGUGGACACGGCGGGCUGGCAGGCGUUCUUCGCCUUCUCCUGCUUCCUGACGCUGCCGCUGCGCCUGGCGCGGAUCCUGGGGCUGGCGGCCGCGUCCUGCGGCGGGCACGCCCUGGUCCUGGGCAUCGUGGAAUUCCAGAGGGGGAGCCGCGGGGAGAGCGUGGAUCGAGGGGAGGUGGCCAGGCAGCUGCUGUCCAACGUGGCGCUGUACGCGGCGGCCAUGAUGGUGGGCGCCAUGUCGUACGUCAUGGCCGACCGGAAGCACCGGAAGGCGUUCCUGGAGGCGCGGCAGUCGCUGGAGGUGAAACUGAACCUGGAGGAGCAGAGCCAGCAGCAGGAGCGGCUGAUGCUCUCCAUCCUGCCCAAGCACGUGGCGGACGAGAUGCUGAAGGACAUGAAGAAGGACCCGAGCCAGAAGGAGCUGCAGCAAUUCAACACCAUGUACAUGUACCGGCACGAGAACGUCAGCAUCCUGUUCGCCGACAUCGUGGGAUUCACGCAGCUCUCGUCGUCCUGCAGCGCCCAGGAGCUCGUCAAGCUCCUCAAUGAGCUCUUCGCCCGCUUCGACAAGCUGGCCGCCAGGCACCACCAGCUGCGGAUCAAGAUCCUGGGGGAUUGCUAUUACUGCAUCUGCGGGCUGCCGGAAUUCCGGGAGGAUCACGCGGCCUGUUCCAUCCGCAUGGGGCUGGCCAUGGUGGAGGCCAUCGCCUCGGUGCGGGAGCGCACCCACACGGCCGUGGACAUGCGCGUGGGCGUGCACAGCGGCGCCGUGCUCGGCGGUGUGCUGGGCCAGAAGCGCUGGCAGUACGACGUCUGGUCCACCGACGUCACCGUGGCCAACAAGAUGGAGGCGGGCGGCAUCCCCGGGCGCGUGCACAUCUCGCAGAGCACCGUGGACUGCCUCAAGGGGGAGUUCGAGGUGGAGCCGGGCGAGGGCGGCUCCCGCUGCGAUUACCUGAGGGACAAGGGCAUUGUCACCUACCUGGUGGUGGUCCCCAAGCAGGGGCUGCGGCACGGCGUCAACGGCGUGAAGCUGUCCCUGUCCUCGUCCCACGGCGUGUCCCCCCCUCCUGUCACCGCCAACGGUGGCCUCAGCCCGGAGCCGCCCGAGGACGCCGAGCGCGGCCGCAGCAGCUCCGCGGAGCUCGACGACGACGACGACACCGAGGUUCCAAAUCCAUCAUUUCCCAAUCCCCGGCGCCGUUUGCGCCUGCGGGACCUGGCCGAGCGCGUGGCGGGGGCGGCGCAGAACGAGCAGGAGCUGAACCGGCUCCUCAACGAGGCCCUGCUGGAGCGCGAGAGCAUCCGGGCCCUGAAGGGUCAGAGCACGUUCCGGCUGUCGCUGCGCUUCACCGACCCCGACAUGGAGACGCGCUACUCGGUGGAGAAGGAGAAGCAGAGCGGCGCCGCCUUCAGCUGCUCCUGCGUCGUCCUCAUCUUCACCACCCUGGUGGAGGCCACCAUCGACCCCUGGUUGGUGACCAACUACGUGACGUUCGUGGUGGGCGAGGUGCUGCUGGUGGCGCUGACGCUCUGCUCCUUGGCCGCCGUCUUCCCCAGGGGUUUCCCCAAGAAGCUGGUGGCCUUCUCCACCUGGAUCGACCGCACGCGCUGGGCGCGCAACUCGUGGGCCAUGGCGGCCGUGGCCGUGGUCACCGCGGCCGACAUCGUGGACAUGGUGAGGAGGGGACACCGCGCCGAGGGGACAUCGGCUGGGGUGGUGGCCGGUGGGACAUCAGGGUCACCAUGGGGUGGUGGCUGUGAGGAGCAGCCCAGAUAUUGCAUCUCCAUCACCCUGGUGGCCACCACCAUGUCCCCAUGUCUCCAGUUCAGUUGUCAUGGGGACCAUGGAGUG